CUCGGUUUUUCUAAACGAGUCCACAAUGAAAAUUUUAUCAAUUUGCUUCAUAUUGUCCCUGGCUCUUAUCCUUGGGGUCUGUGAUAAUACUUCGCUACCUGUAAAGUCAAUUCCUGCAGGCGUGUACAUUACAACCACACUUGACAACCUUGACAUUUUUACAGCACUUGAGAAAAUAAAGAACUUCUGUGCCGGAGGAAACAGCUUACAAAACCACUUCCACUGUAAGGGUCUGAUUGUCCAAGGGGAGAGACGCAAUCCCGCAAUUGGAGGUUUAAAAUGGAAAUAUGUCUUCAGUAUGCCGCUCGACUUUGUCAAUUUGACUAACCUACCACUUCCUAACGAUCGCUCGCUCAAAUUGGACUUCCAUCUUGGCACCCCAAAAAGCAUAUCUGAAAAAUGCUUUUCAAAACCUAUUCCAGUGGGGCAAGUUUAUCAAAAAUUGAUUGAAGUUUACAAUCAAACACAAAAUACUUUACAGAAAAACUGGUUCUACAUGACUGGCUUCAAAAACCUAGAAACAUCUCCAACCUUCAGUAAAUUAUGGUUUGACAAAAGCCCAUAUUUUACUCGACGCAAACCUGCCCCUGAUGACAGCAAUAUUCUAAGUCUCUGCUCAGGAAAUUCUGGAUACAAUUGUCCAAAUACAACAUACUGUUUUAAAGACAACAUCGAGACACGCAAAAUGUCCAUGUACAUUGUGACUGGCGAGGCAAAAGACUACGCAGAGCAGAACUGUUCGUAUAAUACUGCAGUCAUGGAUCAGUAUAUGAACAACCACAGAUACUUCAGGGGAAGAAAUAGUUUGAACUUGACAAUGAGUAGGACCAUUCCUGUAAUGACGAAGAUCACAAAGCAACCAGCUCAAAGUACUUGUCCACAGAAAUACCAGAUGCAGUUCUAUGUUCAUAAGGAGCCACCACCAUGCCCAACCAAUUCAAACGUUCUGCUGGAAUUGCUCACUGAUAUGGAGGUGUACGUAAAAGCAUUUUAUGGAUAUGCUAACAAUGCCAUGGAUUUCCUCUACCAACACUUUAGCCAAGAACUCACUUCGAAACAACGCUCAUAUGUCACGGAUCAAUACUACUUGUCAGUAUUCAGAGGUCACGGUCCAGCCUUUGGAAGGCGCAUUGAGAUUUGGAUACUGAAGAAUCCACUUGCUUGUUCCAGACAAUGCAACUAAUUCGUUGUUGUUUGGUUCUCAGCACUUUUUAUUUUAAUUGUCUAUCAGCACACACACACACACACACUAUUCAAAAUGUUAAUCCCCUCCCCCACCUCAAAUCAUUUUGAUAAAAAAAAAAAAAAGAAAUUACUAAAAUCUACUGAAAAAUUUGACAAAACUUUCUACAUUAAAUCCAAUGUAUAUAUACACACGCAUACUUAUAUGCAAAUAUAUAUAUCUACCUACACAAAUAUACAUACUUACAUAUAUAUAUAUAUAUAUAUGCAUAUAUAACUGGGAAUAUACUGCUCAACAAAAUUAAAAUAUAACUGCUUUAUUUCUCAUAGUGAUAAUAUAUAUAUAUCAUCAUCAUCAUUCAAUGUCCGUUGUCCAUGCUGGCAUGGGUUGGACGGUUUGACCAGGACUGCACCAGACACCAAUCUGACUGGGGUCUGGUGCAGCCUCCCAGCUUGCCAGCCCUGAUCAAAUCAUCCAACCCAUGCCAGAAUGGACAAUGGAUGUUAAAUGAUGAUGAUGAUGAUGAUGAUGAUAUAUAUUAUCAGUUAGUUGAUCAGAAUCAGAAAGAAAAAAAAAUAUAUAUAUAUAUAAGUUAAAUAGCCUCUUUAAGGGAUGAAAAAAAUAUCCAAUGAAUUACUGGUAUGUUGCCUAUUAUUCAUAAAAUAAUAGGUUUAGAUAUAAAUCUUGGUUUAUAAAUAUUCAAAUUAAAAUUCAGAAAAUGGAGAUGUGGCAUUAACAUAAUUUAUUAAAACUGCAAAAUUCAACAUGUUCUCUUACAGCUAUUUCAAUCUCAUCAGAGGAGGAGAAAAGACAUACUGGUGGGUUAUUAGAUGUUAUCUUAACAGACUGUUGAGAUGUUUUGGAAGAAUAACAUCUAAUAACCUAACGGUAUGGCUUCACUACUCUACUGGCGAGACUUUUCAUGGAGAAAGGUGUUCGCCUCCAUGUGAUCAGCUUGAAAAAUAUUUAAGAUACUUGGAUAUUUUCCCACUCUUCUAAGCAUGAUACCAAUGGUAGCCUUAAUUCACAAAUAAAGAAAAUAUAUACAUAUAUAUAUUCCAUUUGUUUGUGUUCUACAUUGGGUUAUUGGUCUUGCAAUGCCGAAGCAAUAUAUAUGUAUGUAUAUAUAUAUAUAUAUAUAUAUAUUGCUAAGUUAUUGUGAUGCUAAUGACCUUGUAUAGAACACAAUACAAGUAUGCUUCUCAAUGAAGCAUUAGUUGAGGACAGAGCAGUAAUAAGGACAGAGAUGACAAAGGAAUAAACGAUUAUCUCAUGAAUUUCAUUACCUUACAACUAUUUCCACUGUAAGAUAUGGCAGACUGAUACUUGAGUGAUUAGAGCUUCAAACCUGAAGUGCCAUUUAUUUCAGGCACUCAACUGGGAGUCCACCACUUCUUAUAGUGGAAACAGCUGUAAGCCAAUGAAGUUCAUUACAUUCAAUAAUCGUUUAUUCCUUUAUAUAUAUAUAUAUAUUAUGUAUGUAUUUGGCAGUGAGAAUAAUUUCUUGGGUAGCUCCAGAGAGACCUCAAAGCAAGACAAGUUUCUCUCAAUGAAGUAGGAAAAAAAAUACAAGACUCCUUCUCAUUCACCAAGAAACUAUUCUUCACAUCUAUAACUGCUUUAUGACUUACCAACGACAUAAUCUGUUAAAUAAAACAUAUUUCUCUGUGUGUGUCUGUGUGUCCAUAACUUGACUGCUGCAUGACUUACCAACAAUCAAAUCUGAUAAAUAAAGUAUAUAUUUUUCUAUCUAUCUAUGUAUAUGUAUAUAUACAGUAUAACUGUAUAAAAUGGUAUUAUAUCACAAAUAAAAUAUGAAAUUGCCA